CCGCGGCGUGGGAACCUAGUUGACAUUAAGAAUAUUCCUCCGUUUCGUCGAGGCAUCUUGAAGUCAAACGGGUAGAGAGUCUCGAAUAGCCCUCCUCGUCCCGCGCACAACCUAAUACUGCGUGGGGCCACAAUAUCGAGGAUGCCUCCCCAUUGGAUGCAGAAGCUAAGAAGCCUUGACGAAACCUCACUCGCAAGAUCUCUCACCUUGGUGGGGUCAGUACUCGGAGCGCUAGCCGCUGGGACGAACUAUGUGUAUUCAGCUUAUGCUCCUCAGAUGGGGGCGAAACUUGAUUUAUCCCAUACCCAGUUAAACAUCAUUGGUCUAUCCGGAAACCUUGGCGUGUACAGCACUGGUCCUAUUAUGGGAAUCAUUGCUGACAGGCAGGGUCCUCGUAUACUAUUUAUUCUCGCCGUUAUCCUACUCUCAGUCGGGUACCUGGGAAUUAAGUUGUUUUACGAUGAAGUCAUUGGAUUACCUGGAGCUGCGGAGCACACUUUCACGUCUGGCUUGGUCAUCCUGGCCAUAUUCAGUUACUGCAGUGGAGCUGGUGGGAAUGCCGGUCUCACAGCUGCAUUGAACGCGACCGCAAAGAGCUUUCCUGACAAUACGCGUGCCAGCGUUACUGGACUUGUUGUCUCCGGUUUUGGACUUUCUGCGUUCGUCUUUUCAACACUCGCUCACACAGUAUUUCCUGGGGACACAUCCAAUUUCCUGUUAGUCUUGGCGCUUGGAACAUCGUUGCCGAUGGUAAUUGGUGCCCUGAUUGUUAAAGUGGUUCAACAGCCUGGAGAAAGCGGUUCAUACGCCCCGAUCGCCGCGGAAGAGGAUUUAGGGGACGAGAACUCGUACGCCUCUGUUCAUCGGCGUCGAUCAGGAGAAAUCACCGUGCGGCAACGAUCGAGAUCAUCCUCUUCCUUCGAUUUGCAGGUUCCUGAAUUUGGGACUCGGCUCCAGUUUCCAGCAUCGGGAGCCAUGUAUCAACAUGUCGAUUUAGACGACAUCUCUGAGGCUCAUGAGGUUCCUGACGUCGAAACUGCCCGAAACACCGGAACCCCGAGCCCCCCAAAUGAAAUGAUCCUUGACAUAUAUGGAAAAGAACUAAUCAAGACGUCAGACUUCUGGCUAAUUUUCUUUAUCCUCUCUUUGCUUGCGGGAACAGGCUUGAUGUGGAUUAACAACGUCGGUUCACUGACUCAAGCCUUGGUGGCCCAGGGGAGGCCGAAGGAUUGGGAUCAAGAACUCGCUGCCAAAUUGCAAGCGGCCCAUGUUUCUAUCAUCAGUAUUACGAACUGUUUGGGAAGGGUUAUAAUAGGUCUCGUUGCGGAUUUCUGCAAGCAUCGCUUCUCCGUCCGCCGCGUUGCAUGGUUCAUCCCGAUCACAUUUGUCUUUAUCCUGUCCCAAUUCUUGGGCCUGAGCGCAACCUCCGCCCAAAUGCCUCUAAACCUAGCUUCAGUCACCCUUGGCUUCGCCUAUGGAGCCACAUGGAGCCUGGCACCAACCAUUACCGCUGAAUGGUUUGGUCUUGCACAUUUUUCUCAAAAUUGGGGUUUCGUCGCUGUAGCACCUAUCUUAGGCGGGAAUUUAUUCAGUCUCGCAUUCGGGAUGAAUCUCGAUGCACACGCGAGCCUCGGAGACGCAACUGCUCCUGCCCAAUUACGUGCUAUCCUGCGGCGAGCUGGGAUUGGGAAGGAGCGGCUCUGUUUUGACGGACCACCUUGUUACGCGGCCAGCUUGAAGAUGACGAUAUUAGCUUGUAUGGUGGCGGAACUAUUGUGUAUCUAUGCGCUACGGAGGGAUCGUAGAAAGCAUCCGCAAUCAAAGUCGAACAGUGGUGUCUCAAUUUCUGCUCAUUAACUCAAUUCAGGAUAAACAUCUAGAGUACAUAAUCAUUGUAAUGACGGUGUCUGGCGAAUUUACAGCUUCUUAAUUUAUCGUUUCACAGUGUAUUCUUCCCAUCCGACACUUUCCAGCAUCUCAACUUUGGCUAGAACUUCCUCUUUCAUACCGUUUAUGUAGGCAUCCAUGGUGAUGAGGGCUGAUUCCGUUGCCGAGCCUAAGAUGCGAACGGCUAACAAGGCUGCGUUGGUGCUGUUGUUAAUUGCUACCGUUGCAACGGGUAUUCCUC